AUGGUAGCUAUAGGGUUCACUCAGACAUAUGGAGUUGAUUAUCAUGAUACUUUUGCACCUGUGGCUAAGAUGAAUACUGUCAGAGUUUUGUUGUCCUUAGCAGUUAACUUGGAUUGGACCCUGAGGCAAUUUGAUGUAAAAAAUACAUUCUUACAUGGUGAACUAGAAGAAGAAGUGUACAUGAGUCUUCCACUAGGGUAUAGGGUUACCGGUGAAAUAGGGAACGUAUGCAAAUUGAAAAAGGCGAUGUAUGGGUUAAAGCAGUCUCCUCGGGCAUGGUUUGACAGAUUUACGAUUGCUAUGAAGAAGUUUGGUUACCAACAGGCCAAUACUGAUCAUACUCUAUUCAUUAAACAUAGGGCUGGUAAGGUGACUUUGUUGAUUAUUUAUGUUGAUGAUAUGAUUGUGACUGGUGAUGAUACUGUAGAAAUCGAGCGACUGCAGAAACGUUUAGCAUAUGAAUUUGAGAUGAAAGAUUUGGGCAGUCUGAAAUAUUUUCUAGUUGUGGAAGUCACUCGAUCUAAACAUGGCUUAUUUCUUUCACAAAGGAAGUAUGUCAUGGAUCUGCUAGCAGAUACUAGAAUGCUUGACUGUAAACCAGCUGAUGCACCUAUUGUUGGGAAUCAUAAACUUGGUGUUUAUGUGGAUCAGGUCCCAACUAAUAAAGAAAGAUACCAAAGGUUGGUUGGGAGAUUAAUUUAUUUAUCAUUGACACACCCUGAUAUUGCUUAUGCUGUAAGCGUUGCUAGCCAAUUUAUGCAUUCACCUAGUGAAGAUCAUAUGGCUGUUGUGAUGCGUAUUUUGAGUUACUUAAAGUCUGCUCCUGAGAGAGGUUUAUUAUUUAAGAAAAAUGGUCACUUGGAUCUAGAAGGUUACAUUGACGCAGAUUAUACAGGGAAUAUUACAGAUAGACGUUCUACAUCAGUUACGUGGUGUAGCAAGAAGCAAAACGUUGUGUCUCGAUCCUCUGCAGAGUCUGAGUACAGAGGGAUUGCCCAAGGGGUUUGUGAAAUACUAUGGUUGAGGUGGUUACUUGCUGAAAUUGGGUUUAGACCGAAUGUUGCUACAAAGCUCCACUGUGAUAAUCAGUCUGCAUUUGAAAUUGCUAACAAUCCGGUGCAACAUUAUCGAACUAAGCAUUUAGAAGUUGAUCGGCAUUUCAUUAAGGAGAAGUUGGAGCAUAAGUUAAUUUCUAUACCUUUUGUGCCUUCUUCAGAGCAGCUUGCAGAUAUGUUGACCCAUGCCGUGUCAAAGCGCCGAUUUGAAGACUCACUUGACAGGUUGGGCAUUACCGAUAUCUACGCACCAAGUUGA